UCUUGCUUGAGCUCUGCUAGAUGGCAUUAAACGAUGUGGAAACAGAAACAAGUCAUCUAUUUGGAGAAUGACAGAUUGACAUAUCCUAACUGAUAUCAGUAAUAUUAUAAAAAAUAAUAUUUAUACAGGAUACUUCCUAGCACUCCAAUUAUUUUAGACGAUUUUCCAUAUCGUUUGCUUUAUAGAACAACGGAAAACAAAAUUAUAACAAACAUGACAACUUUUCAAACACAACUUUUGUAUGCAUUAGGAAACAAUACAAAAGUUCUUCCAGAAUUGAAGAAGAUGUUUAUUCGCCCUUUAAUACAGAUUGCUGUGAAAUCAAUAAAUCAAGAAUAUAUAGAGGAAGGAAUAUUGGAUAAAAUAAGUCAAAAAUACAAUGUACCAGAAGAAUCUGUGGAUGAGUAUUAUUCAGUCAUCUAUACGAUAUUAAAGGUUCACUUGGGCAUAUUAUCUCAGAAUGUGAAACCUGGAGAAUUCAAGCAAAUAUUGGAGGAAUUAAAAUUAUCUCCUGACUGCAUUGAGGAUUUGUCUACUGUGAUCUAUGGCCAAAAGCGAUUAGAAUUAGUAACUGGUUUAAUCAACAAAACAAAGUUUUACUCACAUCUUGUAUCUUGCAAGUGGCGUGUAGACAUCACCAUUUCUUCCAANACGCCUUAUCCAUUAGGCCACACGGUCAGUUAUCUUUAUUUGCCUAUAUUAAAUAUUAUAUCUAAUAUUUCACUGGUAUUAAAGUAUCCAAUGAAAUAA